CACUCCGAGGAACCAUGUUGAGGAUGAAGACGUUGCUCCUUCUCCUGGCUUUUUUUGCCUGGAGCUCGGACGCCUGGUUCUGGUCCAAAGGACCAGAACCCACAACAUCAACCUCCAUUGAGCCGGCACCAUCGGGAACGACAGGUGCCCCCAACGCAACUCAGAAGAACCUGGAGGAGGAGGAGGAGGAGGACGACAACUUGUCUGGGGUUGGGGAUGAAAUCCUCAACGUGGCCACGGGAAUCCGUAAGUUUGUGGCGGCGUGGGACGUGACCCCGACCCCCGGGACUACUAACGGAGGCCCCACACAGAAGGUGGAGAGCGCUAACCCUAACACCACCGAGGAGAGCGGCGUCUCUUUGCUGCAGCUGAUCGGAGACCCCCCUCCGGAUGAGAUCCCCAGGGUGACUGGACCCAGGGGGGAGCCGGGCUUCAUCUUCAACCGGGCGUCGGUGUCGGGCCAGCCGGCUCUGGCCCACAUCCCCAACCCCUUCCACCGCCACUUCUCCCUCGUAUUCCACAUCAAGCCCACCUCCCCCGACGCCUCGGUGCUGUUCUCCAUCACCGACGGGCCUCAGAAGAUCAUGUACGUGGGCGUGAAGCUGAGCGCGGUGCAGAAUGGCCGCCAGAGGGUGCAGUUCUUCUACACCGAGCCCGGCUCGGAGGCUUCGUACGAGGCCGCCAGCUUCGAGGUGCCCAGCAUGGUGGAGACCUGGAGCCGCUUCUCGUUGUCCGUCUUCGACGAGCAGGUCACUUUCUACCAGGGCUGCGACUCGGAGCCCCAGGUGGUCAAGUUCGAGCGCUCCCCCGACCCCAUGGAGCUGGACGCGGGGGCCGGGAUCUUUGUGGGGCAGGCGGGGGGGGCCGACGCUGACAAGUUCAAGGGUGUGAUUCUAGAUCUGAAAGUGGUGGGGAACCAUCGUGCAGCGGAGCGUUUGUGUGACGACGAGGACGACUCUGACGCUGCGUCUGGUGACUUCGGCAGCGGUGACGGCGAGCGGAGACAGACAGGACACACUGUUAAGACCACUCCUCGUCCCUUGCGGCCGGUUCCUGCCCCCCCUCUGAUUCCCUCACAUGGGAACAGACUCAGCGAAUCAGGUACCGCCGGUUCUAAAGGGGAGAAAGGAGACAGAGGGAACCAGGGCUUAACGGGGGACCAUGGCCCCGCAGGGCCGAAGGGGGAGUCCUCCUCCUCCGGGUCCUCCUCCUCCUCCUCCUCUUCUCAGGGCGGAGGACAGAAGGGAGAAAAAGGAGUGAAGGGCAGUUCCGGGUUCGGUUACUCCGGUAAUAAAGGAGAGCGCGGGGCUCAGGGGCCCUCUGGGCUCCCUGGCCCCCCCGGCCCUGCAGCUGAGGUGGUGCGACUUGGUAAUGGAGACGUGGUGCAGCAGGUGUCCGGACCCUCCGGACCCCCAGGGUUCCCGGGGAUCAACGGGGCCCAAGGACCUGCAGGGACGGACGGAGAGCCGGGUGAUCCAGGAGAGGAUGGAAAAGCUGGUGCCGCGGGGCCACAAGGUUCUCCAGGAAAUCCAGGAACUGCUGGCUCUAAAGGCGAAAAGGGUAAUGUUGGAGAGGGUCAGCCAGGACCCAGAGGCGCCCCGGGACCACCAGGACUUCCUGGAACCGGCACUGGGGACCACCCAACCUUUUUUGACAUGGAGGGCUCAGGAUUCCCAGACUCGGACAAAAUCAGGGGUGGACGUGGACGUGGCCUUCCAGGUCUGCCAGGGCCCCCCGGCCCCCCUGGGACUUCAGUGGCACUGGGACCCAACGGCCCGGUAGCUUUCGGACCUCCAGGACCGCCGGGACAGGACGGAGUCCCCGGAAUACCGGGACCGCCUGGCCAGCCAGGAAGACCGGGUCCAAUUGGUCCCGGAGGAGAGAGGGGUGAAGGUGGGGAUCUUGGUCUUCCAGGAGUAGCUGGAGAAAAGCAAAACUCGCAAGACUCAGGCUUUUUCACGGGCCUGUAUUCUUACUUUGCUCCAUCCUCUACGGGGUCUCAGGGUGACCUGGGUCUGACGGGUACUUCGGGGCAAUCGGGGCUGGCGGGGCUUCCAGGUCCCAUGGGGCCCGUCGGACCCCCCGGACCUCCAGGGCCACCGGGGCCUGGGUACCGAGGAAGUAAUAGUAACCAGGAUCAGUACGAUGUGAACAACGGCUAUGCUGGUCUCCCCGGCCCACCUGGACCUCAGGGUCCAUAUGGUAUUGCAGGACUUCCUGGUAAAUCCGGUUUGCCCGGUAACCAUGGAGACAAAGGAACCGAGGGGGCACGAGGACCUCCAGGGAUGCCAGGAAUGGACGGGUUCCUUGGACAGUCGGGCGAUAAGGGAGACCGAGGACAGAGAGGAGAGCAGGGUCUUCCAGGGCGUGACGGGGGGGGAGCGGGGCCUCCAGGGCCCCCCGGACCACCAGGAGAAAUCACCUACCAGAGAAGUGACUCUAAUGAAGUGAUUUGGAAUGGAGGGUCACAGGGAGGAUCUGGUCUUCCAGGUCGAGCAGGAUUUCCAGGACCCUCGGGGCCUAAAGGAGACAAAGGAGACACAGGGCUUCCAGGAUAUGCAGAUAAGGGGGCGAAAGGAGAGCCUGGUAUCAUCCUGGGGCCGGACGGGAGACCUCAGUACCUCGGGGGUCUUGCAGGACGUCCGGGUGACGCUGGACCCCCGGGUACUGAGGGACCUUCAGGUCCUUAUGGUCCUUCAGGACAUAAAGGAGAGAUUGGGAUUCCAGGCAGACCUGGUCGCCCGGGGCUGAACGGCGUCAGAGGAGAGAAGGGAGACUCAGGAUCUGGGUCUGGAGUUGGUUACCCUGGUGUUCCAGGUCCCCCCGGCCCUGCCGGACCCCCUGGAUCUUAUCCCACAGACAGACAGGGAGGAUAUGACGAUUAUUCCAGAUAUAACCCCGCUGCUAAAGGAGAUAAAGGUGACCCCGGACCCCCAGGCAGAGUUGAGAUUACAGGAGGCGGGUCGACCUUUGACAUCUACUCCCUGAGGAAUGAGAUGAAAGGUGAAAGUGGCACCCCGGGCUACAAAGGGGAUAAAGGAGAACCGGCCGAGGGACAUUAUGACCCCCGAUAUGGAGUGAGCGGGGCCGGAGCACCUGGACCCCCGGGUCCAAGAGGAGACUCCAUCGUUGGGCCAGCAGGCCCUCAGGGGCCCCCCGGUCAGCCAGGGAGAGGCUAUGAUGGUCAGCAAGGACCCCCAGGGCCCCCUGGACCUGCAGGAGGAUCCACACCUGAAGUUUACAGAGGCACACAGACUAUCAAUAUUCCUGGACCCCCUGGACCACCUGGAACACCUGGACUACCUGGACACUCCACAGGGGUGACGGUGUUGAGGACGUAUGACACCAUGACAGCCACCGCCAGAAGACAGCCUGAGGGCUCUCUGGUCUACAUCAUAGAUCAAACUGAUCUCUACCUGAGGGUGCGGGGGGGCAUUCGUCAAGUCCAGCUUGGGAAUUACAUUGCUUUGCCCAUUGUAGAUGGUAACGAGGUUGCAGCUGUGGAGCCCCCACCUGUUGUCCCCUACUCCCCCCACCACACCGAAAACACCGACCCCUCUGUACACGACUCCCAAAUUCAACCUGAGAGCCCCGUCUACCCGGACCCUCACCACCCUACACACCAGGACCCUCACCACCCUACACACCAGGACCCUCGCCACCCUCACGAACCUACACACCAGGACCCUCACCACCCUACACACCAGGACCCUCACCACCCUACACACCAGGACCCUCGCCACCCUCACGAACCUACACACCAGGACCCUCACCACCCUACACAUCAGGACCCUCACCAACCUACACACCAGGACCCUCACCACCCUCACCAACCUACACACCAGGACCCUCGCCACCCUACACACCAGGACCCUCACCACCCUACACACCAGGAACCACAGUACCCGUCCAACCCUGAUCCCAGAUACCCCUCCCACCCUGACCCCAGAUAUCCCUCCAACCCUGACCCCCGGUAUCAGCCGGACCCUCGGUUCCCACCACCCACAGAUCCACGUUUCCCGAGUUACACAGACCGCCUGAACCAACCGGACGGGAGGGUUUCUGUCAACACGGCACAGGAGCGCCCUGCGUACCCGGACUCCCGCUACGCGGACCCUCGCUACGCCGUCACUCCUCAGCGAAGACCCCCUCCUCGUGUGCCCGACACUCCAGUGCACCGUCAUACCUCAGGAGCAGGGCUCCACCUCAUCGCCCUGAACAGCCCCCACUCCGGCUCCAUGCGGGGGAUCCGCGGUGCAGACUACCAGUGCUUCACCCAGGCUCAGGCCAUCGGGAUGAAGGGAACUUUCCGGGCCUUCCUCUCCGCCAAACUGCAGGACCUGCACAGCAUCGUGCGCCGGAGCGACAGGGACCACCUGCCCAUAGUCAACCUGAAGGACGAGGUUCUGUAUGACAGCUGGGACGCCAUGUUUAAUGAGGGCAGGAUGAAGGACAGCGUGCCGAUGUACUCCUUCGAUGGCAAAGACGUCCUCAACGACAGCACAUGGCCGGAGAAGAUGCUGUGGCACGGGUCGAACGCCGCGGGGAGGGGUCAGAUGGACAGCAUCUGUGAGGGCUGGCGGGUGGGCGAGCGGGCGCUGAGCGGCACGGCGGCGGAGCUGCGGAGCGGCAACCUGCUGCAGCAGACCCCCAGCAGCUGCUCCGGCUCCUACGUGGUGCUGUGCAUCGAGAACAGCUACAUCGGCCAGGCCAAGAGAUAAACACACACACACACACACACGCACACUGGACACCUCCCGAAGCCAUGCUUUUGUCCAUACUUUUCAGUAUGUUGUAAAUAUGUUUUCCUCUUAUGAAUAAUUAGUUUGUUUGUAAGCCAUUCCCAUAUGGUGCUAUACAGGACCCUCCCACAUGUUGAACCUUUGUUUAAACUCAGGAUAUAUACAGUAACACACCCUGCGGCAGCCAUAUUGGAAGUACACAAGGCAACAGUGUGUUUCCAGCAGGGACGCUCGCUUGUCUGUGAAUGGUUCUUUUCCACUCUUCAGAUAGCAAUCGCUUAAAUACUGAUAUAAAUGUUGACGCUUGGUGCUUUAUACUUAAGAACACACAGAUUGAUUUUAUAGAGACGAUUUACUUCUUAGAAAGUAGUCCCAAUACUGUUUAUAGAUAGGCUUAUCCAAAGUGCCAGGGUCACAGGUGUGUGCCUCUUGUGUAAUACCAUUACAUACAAAAAGAUGUGUUUAUUACCAAAGAAUGUACGAUUCAACAUCAAUGUAUGGUCUUUUAAAGAACUUUCCAAAAUCCUCAAAGACUCUUCUAACCAUUUAGAUGGAAAAACAUUCAAUUAUAUGCACAAUAAACAACAUUCCUUUCAUAAUUAAAGAUGAAAACUCAUGUUCUUGUCAAAAAAUAAUGUAUUAUAUACAUUUUUAGAUUCCUUUAUGAAUAACAGGGUCUUAAACGUAUAUUUUUUAUCCAGAAGCAAUCUUUAAGGAUAUUUGGAAAUAUUAUUUUUAAAAGCUUUGAUGCUAAACAACUUUUGUGAUUUUUCAAAGCUAGUAGGUUAGCUGUUUUUCAGGAAAUGGUACGAAUAAUUACAUUUUUAUAAUAUUUCCUCAACAAGGGGACAUUUUAUAAUUAAUAUCUCUAGCCAGAUAUGUCACACAACAGCACCCCCCUCAUUUUUAUCGAUAAAAGGGAAAUCAAUGUAUCUCAGAAAAGGGAUUAACCACUGUGAUCAUGCGUAGAAAGUACGUCUGUGUGAGUUACAUUUCGAUAAAACAGGUAGAUUUCAUGUGUCCCUUUCUUCUUCAUAUUUACAACCCUAAUACCUGAAGAGCAGUGUUAAUAAUGAUUUAAAACAACAUCUCCUGUGGCUUUAAUUCCACGUGUACUUUCUAUAUACAGUAUAUGUCGGUGCUAGAGUGGAAAAUUGAGUAAUAAAAUACUCAGGUGGGUAUCGGUGCAGUUAUCCACACAUUUCAGCGUCCAACAUAAACCUGAGUUAUUGUUUAUUAAAAAUGGUUUAACUUCCUUUCUUCUACACUGAUGUAACCUGUAACCCAUAGCACUUCAGUAAUAGUCUUUUUUAUGUUGUGACUGUCUUACAUGCGAAGAUGUUUCCGUACUUUUAGCAGUAACAAAGGGAUAUUUAUUUUUUAUAAACCGUGCAUUUUCUAGUAUAGUGUGUGAAUAAUAACAUUUCCAAAUAUAUCCAGAAGAUGUGCAGCCUUACACACACAUUUCCUCUGAUACAAAGUUUGUGCAGGAAACAAAUGUACCUACAGAUAUCUGGACAGGAUUCAGCCAUAACUGUUUGUCUAUGCACUGUUGCUUUUUAUUCCUCUAUUUGUUUUUAUUUGUUCACAAACAGUAAAUGCACUGCAGCUAGCUGACAGCACUCUCUGCGGUUCAACUUCCAACACAGCCUUUCAUUAGUUUCCGCAUAAAGUAGACAAUAAAGUGACAUUUCCACGUGCCUUAACAACUGCAGUAAGAUCAUUAUUAUCUGUUUUUGACUUUGUGUUGAUGAGCAUCCUUUUAAAAUGCUGCAUCUGCUUGAAUAAACCUGUGUGGAAAGUG